AUGACGCUGUCAUACAUGUGGGGGAAUCCAUCUGUCACUCAACCUAUCACUGUCGACGACGACAAAACGUUCCCAGCAACUGCGUCACUCCAGACGGCCCUUCGCCAUUUGCGAUUUCAAGACGGAGUACGGCGUUUAUGGGUUGAUGCACCACCAGCUGAAUGGCAGCUUGAUGGGUCCUGCGCUCAGCGCGAGCCCCAUAUACUUGCUAGGAGCACUAACAGAGUUCACGCUAGACUUGCCCUUAUUAUCAACUAUGAGGGCGACAGUGAGGUUUGGAGCUAUGAGGAAAGUCUUGCAGAAAAGUACACCUGCAUCGCCUGGCUGCUCAUUUUCAAAUGCAACAGUCUCCGUUUUCUGGCUGACGUUAAGCUCACCGAGAAGUCUGACCCAACAGUGAUUGGGUUGCCCUCCUGGGUGCCAAACUGGAACCCCCCUGGAAAUGCAGCUUUCUUCCACACUUCCUUUCGCGCAGCAGGUGAUAUCCCUAUGCUUCCUUAUCCACUAGGAGGACACAUGGAGGAGAAGAUAUUGAAUGCACGGGGAUUUUAG